UUUUCUUUCUCUUUCGUCAUCUUCCCACACUUUUCAUUGCGCCUUCUUUUCCUUCACUCCAGGAAGAUAACAAAAAUGGCGCACAAACUCUCACUACAUUUAAAUCAUCACACUCUUCACACUUCUCUCUUCCGUAACCGCUACCUCAUUUCACAUUCAAAUCGUCACUUACCUUUACAUUUCCUCGCACCAUCCCAUCUCAACAACACCAUUAUCCAUUCAACAAACCAACACAUUACAUCGUCGAGACACCAUCGAUUUGAUCCCCUAACAGCUCGGGUAGUUCAAAAUUACGAAUUCAUAGAUGGAUCCGAAGAGAUACACCAAAUCAGCGAGACUUCUGAAGAAGAAAAAGAAGUGACGGAAUUGAUUGAGCAGAGUAUAUGGAUUCAGAUGAAGGAAAUUGUUUUGUUUACUGGACCUGCAAUUGGACUUUGGUUAUGUGGACCGUUGAUGAGUCUAAUCGAUACUGCGGUUGUUGGUCAAGGAAGUUCAAUAGAGCUAGCUGCUUUAGGUCCUGCUACUGUUUUCUGUGAUUAUUUGGGAUACUUGUUUAUGUUUUUGUCGAUUGCUACUUCAAAUAUGGUUGCUACUGCACUUGCUAAACAGGAUAGGGAGGAAGUGCAGCAUCACAUAUCUGUCUUGCUUUUUAUUGGGUUAACAUGUGGCUUGGCGAUGCUUGUGUUCACAAGGUUAUUUGGCGCAACAACGCUCGCAGCUUUUACUGGACCGGAGAAUGUACAUUUAGUACCUGCAGCUAAUACUUAUGUCCAGAUUCGAGGAUUGGCAUGGCCUUCUUUACUUGUUGGAUUGGUUGCUCAGAGUGCAAGCCUUGGUAUGAAAGAUUCUUGGGGACCCUUGAAGGCAUUGGCUGCUGCCAGUAUUAUAAAUGGAAUUGGCGAUAUAAUUCUGUGCAGCUAUUUAGGCUAUGGGAUUGCUGGGGCUGCAUGGGCUACAUUAGCGUCGCAGGUUGUUGCUGCGUACAUGAUGAGCCAAACUCUAAACGAGAAGGGAUACAAUGCAUUUUCCUUCUCCAUUCCUUCGGGGAAGGAGUUUCUGGCAAUAUUUAGUCUUUCGGCUCCCGUAUUUCUUUCAUUGUUGUUAAAGAUGGCUUUCUACGCUCUACUUGUAUAUUUUGCUACAUCAAUGGGUACACAUAAAACGGCUGCUCAUCAAGUUAUGGUUCAGAUCUUCACGAUAUGCACCGUAUGUGGUGAACCUCUCUCCCAAACUGCUCAAUCAUUUAUGCCUGAGUUGAUGUAUGGAAUAAAUCGGAGUUUGGAAAAGGCUCGGUCGCUUCUAAGGUCUCUUUUAACUAUUGGAGCUAUUCUUGGUUUGCUUUUUGGGAUAGUUGGAACAUUUGUCCCCUUGUUAUUCCCCUACAUGUUUACACCUGAUCAUAUGGUCAUCCAGGAGAUGCACAAGAUCCUGAUUCCAUACUUUUUAGCGCUAGUGGUGACGCCUGCAACUAUUGGCCUGGAGGGAACAUUGCUGGCUGGACGGGAUCUAAGAUUUAUAAGUUUGUCAACAAGUGGAUGUUUUUGUUUAAAUGCUCUAGUAUUAUUGAUCUUGUGUAGUAGAUAUAGUUUGCAAGGAUGUUGGUUUGCCCUUGUUGGAUUUCAAUGGGCUCGAUUUUCAAUGGCCCUUCUGCGUCUUCUAUCUCCCAAUGGCAUUUUAUACUCGGAAGAUAUACGCCAGAAUGAGCUGCAACAGUUGAAGACUGCAUAGUUUUGGAACUUCAUUAUAAUUUAUAGUUCAUGAUACAUUAUACAAAUAGAAGCAUGUUGUCUGCUGCUGGCAAAUCUUGUUAAAUAUGUUACAAAAUAGGCAUUCAUUUCAAUGUCGAUACAAUUCAGUGCAGGGAAACUACUGGUGCUGAGUUGUAUCGGAAACCAAGCUGGGAGAAGGGAGAUGUGAUGUGGGGAAAUUGAACCCACCACCCUGAUCAUAUGAUCUUUGUGAUCAAGGGACUGAGGUAAAUGUAAUUUCAAUCUUCCUAUCAAACAUCUUGACUAGUUUAUUUAAAGAUUUGAACUAGCCAAGUUGAGAAAGAGGAUCUUUCACUUUUCAGCAAAAUCUACAGUGAAACUGAUAGUCAAGGCCAAAAAGAAAAGGAUGGAAUUUAAGUUAGUCACUAAGGAAAAAAACAUGGAACUAUUUAUCCUUCACAAAAAUAAUCCUGGUCACGUUAAUCAUUUUGCAAAAUUUCUCAGACUAUUAUUUUUUGGUGUAAUUUAAACUGCGGCAUUGCUGAUGUGGCACUCCAUCUGUCAUUUGGCUGAUCAUGUGGAAUAAAGAUGAAAGUGAGAUGCAUUCAA